AAGUCUGGAUUUCCACUAAGUGGCUUGGGGGACUCUGGAGAAAUCCCAAUGCGCUGAAUCGCGAGCCUUUGUGUGCAGUGGGAGGAGGAGGCGCGGCAGCCUGGCCUGGAGACCCCGCCUGGGAGCCUCAGGCAGGAACAAUGCUAGCGUGCCUUACCCGGGGGAACUUGCUGGACGUCCUGCAGGAGGGCUUCAACGAGCAACAACUGCAGGCAUAUGUGGCCUGGGUGAACGCACAGCUGAAGAAGAGGCCAGCAGUGAAGCCUGUGCAGGACCUGCGGCAGGAUCUUCGGGACGGGGUGAUCCUGGCAUAUCUCAUCGAGAUUGUUGCAGGAGAAAAGCUGAGUGGGGUACAACUGAGCCCUAGAAACCAACAGGAGAUGAAGAAUAAUGUGGAGAAGGUGCUACAGUUUGUGGCCUCCAAAAAGAUUCGUAUGCACCAGACUUCAGCUAAAGAUAUUGUGGAAGGAAACCUGAAGUCUAUCAUGAGGCUGGUCCUUGCCUUGGCAGCUCAUUUCAAACCCGGCUCUGGCAGGACAGUAAGCCAAGGACGGGACUCCAGAGCCCCUGUGCAGAGUCACCAGCCACACUGUGCCACUGCUGUGGCCCAGGGCGCAGCUGCUGCUCUGGCUGAUGUGUGUCAUGACAUGUCACGGUCAGGACGGGAUGUCUUUCGAUACAGACAGAGGAACAGCAGCAUGGAUGAGGAGAUUGAGAAUCCAUACUGGAGCGUGCGGGCUCUGGUGCAGCAGUAUGAAGGGCACCAAAGGUCCCCGUCUGAGUCCAGCUGCUCCAGCCUGACUUCACCCAGUCCUAUCCACAGUGCAAAGAGCGAAUCCAUUAUCACCCAGUCAGAGGAGAAGGCAGAUUUUGUGGUUAUUCCAUCUGAAGGAAUAGAGAACAGGACAGAGGAAGCAGACUCUCCAUUAUCCAGAGACUGGCGACCAGGUAGUCCCACAACCUGUUUGGAGACUUCAUGGGAAGAACAGCUGUUGGAACAACAAGAACAUUUAGAAAAAGAAAUGGAGGAAGCCAAGAAAAUGAUAUCAGGAUUACAGGCGUUGCUGCUCAAUGGGUCAUUACCCGAAGAUGAACAGGAGAGGCCUUUGGCCCUCUGUGAACCAGGAGUCAAUCCUGAAGAACAGCUGAUUAUAAUCCAAAGUCGUCUGGAUCAGAGUAUGGAGGAGAAUCAGGACCUAAAGAAGGACUUGCUGAAAUGUAAACAAGAAACCAGAAACUUACAGGGGAUAAAGGAUGCCUUGCAGCAGAGGUUGACUCAGCAAGACUCAUCUGUUCUUCAGCUCAAACAAGAACUACUGAGGGCAAAUAUGGACAAAGAUGAGCUUCACAACCAGAAUGUGGAUCUGCAGAGGAAGCUAGAUGAAAGGAACAGACUCUUGGGAGAAUAUAAAAAAGAGCUGGGGCAGAAGGAUCGUCUCCUUCAGCAGCAUCAGGCCAAGUUGGAAGAAGCACUCCAGAAACUUUCUGAGGCCAGCAGCCAGCAGGUGGAUCUAGAGCGGGAGCUAGAACACAAAGAUGUCCUUUUGGCUCACUGUAUGAACAGAGAGGCAGAGGAGGUGACCAACUGUAACAGUCACAACUUUCACAGCAAUGGUUUUCUCCCUCCAGUGGCAGGAAAAGGAGCUGCUUCAAUUACUCACAGAGAGACCAGCGACCUGCAGCUUGUGCGAGACGCCCUCCGCAGCCUGCGCAACAGCUUCAGUGGCCAUGACCCUCAACACCACACCAUUGACAGCUUGGAGCAGGGCAUCUCCAGCCUCAUGGAGCGCCUGCAUGUCAUGGAGACACAGAAGAAGCAAGAAAGAAGGGUUCGGGGCAAGUCACCCAGAACUCAAGCAGGUAGUGAAUACCAGGAGUCCUGGCCUCCUAAUUCAAAGUUGCCGCACUCACAGAGCUCUCCAACUGUGAGCAGCACAUGCACUAAAGUGCUGUAUUUCACUGACCGGUCACUUACACCUUUCAUGGUCAAUAUACCAAAGAGGUUGGGGGAGGUGACACUGAAGGAUUUUAAAGCAGCUAUUGACCGGGAUGGGAAUCACCGGUAUCACUUCAAAGCACUGGAUCCUGAGUUUGGCACUGUCAAAGAGGAGGUUUUCCAUGAUGAUGAUGCCAUCCCUGGAUGGGAAGGGAAAAUUGUAGCCUGGGUGGAAGAAGACCAUGGAGAGAAUUAAUGCUGAAUAUAAGAUUGGGGCUUGUGGAACUUGGCACUCCCUGACUGUUUCACUCAGGAAAAGAGGACUAAAACUAGAUUACACUAAGAAGUUUCUAAUUUGUGCUGACAAUAUAGAAGCUUCUCCAAAUGUGACAGCCACAGGUCAGUCCUGUUUCUGUGCCUGGAGUAUGUGGUACUGAAAAUCCCUGUCCAAAUGUAGACCACGAAUUCAUCCGGACUUCCCUAUCCAUGGGAACACAGUGUUUUAUUCUAUUCUGAGGACAACAAACCGAAGGCCUUAACCAAUAGGAAUGGAUGAUCUUGCUCCUGUAGGGGCAUGGCUGCUAUUAUCUGGAACCUAGGAAUUGGAUGCGUCACUCCUAUGUGUUAGUGUUAUUUUAAUUGGCCUCAGUGGUUACAGCAAUUGUACUCAUAGACAAGGUAAAGAUACCAGCUUUUUUGCUUCUUUGAAGCUAUUACAAACCAAGAAUAACUCAUGGGGUGGUACCAAAGAUGAAAGCCACUCCUUAGGAAUCUUCUGGACUGGACAUGGAUGGUGCUGAAUUGUUGAUUAGGUGAAAAAGGGCUGCCCAUGUUGUGCUACAUUGUGCUAAAAUCAUAAUUAAGACCUUGGGCUGCCUCUUGCGUCUUAACUGGUUCUGCAACUUGUCUUUUAGCCCACAGAGGGCAUACUCCAUGCACUGCUAGUUCUCUCUGGGGACUCAACUUUAGAGCCAUUUUCUUCCUUCCAUCUGAUGAACUUUGUAUUUGAAAGGAAUAAGGAGUGAAAGUCUCCUUAAAAAUCCAGGCGGGUAUGGAAAGGUGCUGCUACCCAUAUCUUCUUGACUUUCUUUUUCUCAUGACUUUUUUUUAGCUCAUGGCAUCUCCUUUGUAGUCAAAGGGAGACAGACUUUCAGUAAUUUCAGUAUUUGUGGUUUAUGAAGUAUUGAGCAUGAGUUACUGGUCUGCCCAACUUCAUUUCAAGGCCAGAGUUAUUUUCUGUUACGUAGUUAGUCUAGGUUGAUCCUUUAGGGCACAAUAGAAACCAUGGGGGCAUGGAGCAUGAGUUGUAAAUGGCAGGGUUGAUUCUGGGUGAAAAAACCUAGAAUCCUUUCUCAUGUGCAACAUUGUCAAGUGUAGAAGCUAAAAGAAAAUUGCUAAAUUUCUAGGGAUUACUUAAUAACUUGGGUUUUCUCACUCAUUCAUCGAAACCUCUCAACCAAUCAGCCAUUUCCCUCCAGGGAGGGAAAUUUUUUGCCUCCCAAAAGCAGUCUGCCUGUGACCACCAAUGUACACUGCCAACCAGAAAAGUCGGACAGAUCAGUUCUGGGUUCUUGACCUGUCUGUCUCUAGUCCAUCUACCCUUUUCAGCAUUUCAGUAGACUACAUUUGGAACUGGGAUGACAUUGUGUUGUUUUAUAUAGAUGUGUGUUUUUAAAAUUGUUCAUGUUUGGAGAAUUCUUUUGUACUCAUUUGCUUUUUUUGUCUGAGAACCAUGUCUAUUUUUAUAACUUGAGUGUGAGUUCUGUAUAUUCUCACAUUCUGUAUACAGUAUCCAUUUUCCGGAGAACCCAGUAGCUUUUAUACAGGCUCUUCUCUUCUUAUCAUAUCAGCCCUUAUGGUUUCAGAAUAAGCUUUAUUUUAUUACAAGCAUACUAAUGAUAACUAACUCCUGUUCCAGUUUCACCUGCCAUUUUAGUUGUGGAGGUAGUUUUAUAUAAUCUAUUUGAUUGCUCCUCUAGCAGACAGGAGCUAAAAAGACACCUGAUGUCUUUCAUGUAAGUUUACCUGGUCAUUCUACUGAAGAAUGAUUUCUCAUCAGAAAUGACUGUAAAAGUUUGGGAAAGCCAGUCAAAAGCAAGAAUAAUUCAUUAUGAAAACAAACAGAAGAAAACAGUAUAUUCUCAGUUUCUUUUUUGCAGGAGGCCUGGAGGAAAAGUCCUCAUGUCACUAAUUUGUCUGUUGCAUGAAUUUUAGUGUUUUGCUAUAAGACAGCAUGAGGAUUAUCAAGCCAAAUUCAUUAUUGUAUUUCCAGUACAAUUUAUGUUGAGUGUCUGUCUCUUAAUACAGUUUGUACUUGUCAGUUUUCUUUCAGCAAGCAUUCUUAGCAUCAUGUAGAAUUUACCUUUUAAGAGAAAAUUAAAUCAGAGAAAAAUUUCAAAGUCCUCAGCCUCGUUGUCUUUUAUCUCUACAUCCUUUGGAAAAGGAGCUGUGUGGCCUUAGUGCCUCCACAGAAAGCUGAAGUUGAGUUCGGGGAAGAAAAUGAAAUAGUUUUUUCCCCUUUAGCUCAUUAAUUUCAUAUGCCAGGGGUAAUAAGCUCCCCCAUUACAGGAUAUCACCCCAACAAUUCUUGUGUAAAAUGUGUUGAUAAUCUUCAUUCCCGUUUCUAAAGACAGAGAAACCUUCUGGAGAGGAGUGUGCAUUGAUUCAUUCUGGUUUGAAUAGUCUUCUAGUGGAUACACGGUGGUUGCACUCUAAGAGUCCUGUUGACUUAGACUAUUGUUCACUAGUGGCUUUUGUGUGGGACAGUCCAUCCUGCCACUGCUGAAGUUCUCUUUCUUUGAGAAAACUAAGGAACUAGAAUGUUUAUAGAGUUCAUAAAAUAAGCUCCAAACUCUGUGAGAUUAAAAAAAAAAAACAAACCCUCUUAUAAAAACUAAUUUAGUAGAGAGCUCAAUUCCUUUAAAAGCCUUCAUGCUGUACUUAGUUCCCUAAAUUAGCUGGAAUUGGAACACUUUACAAUUUGUACCUUAAGAAUAUUGUUAAACUUACUUGGAAAUGGCAGUCCUACCUACUGUCCAACUUUUCAGCCCUUUUUUUGACCAGGAUGGUUAUAAAUUGGGGGAGAUAUCUUGUAAUCUACACCCAAUCCAAGAGGACUCUAAUCACUUAAAAGCAUUUAGGUCAUAAUUUUUUUUCUAUAAAAUAAACAUUAUGAUUGCAUACUCCUAUUGUCUGAAUUUAUGUUAGAGGUAUAGCUUGCUUAAAAUAUAUAUGUACAGUUAUAUUUUCUUAGGAAUAUGGAUGUUUGCAACCAUUGCUUUCAAAAAGAUUAUUACUAUGUAUUCCCUCAGUCUUUCAAUGUUUUCAUAAAGACUGUGUUAUACCAGAGGCUUCUGAUUAUCAAAGUGGUAAACAGUUUUAAUGGCCUGUA